AUGAUGAGUAAACAUGGUGAUCAUGAUGAUUCCGAUCCAAACCAUCACCAUCAUUAUUAUAAUAAUAUCCCUUCGUCCGAUGAUGAAUUCUAUGAAUCCUCUCCAUGUUCUGGCUUGUGGGAUCAACUCUUACAAACUCAAUUUGCCAUCUUGUACUUUCCUUUUAAACAUGUAAGGAGUGGUUCGAACAAGAUCCAAUCGCUCGAGUUUUCCAAUCCCUUUCAACUCUGUAAAUAUUUGGCUCAACAUGUUGGAAAAUUCAAAGAAAUUACCAAAUUGCAAUUUGAAGUACUCAAUCCAAAGAAUGAUGAUCAACUUUGUCUAUUCUUUCGAACACAUUUGAAAGGAAAUAGCAAAGUUGGAAAAUCACAAAUGGCUCGAAUGAUUUCACAUGGACUUUCAGUGACUGAUGUUCCAAAAUAUGAACCUACGAGUGCUUUUAAAUUAUUGACUCGAUCCUACAAAUUGAAAUUGGAUGACAGCAAGUACUUGUUAGUGAAGGGUUCAAUUUUUGACAAUUCGGGAACCAAGACGGAAUUUUCAAGAAGAUCCAUCUUUUCACCCAAUGUGUAUGCUGGUAAGACAAGUGUAUUGUAUGUUUAUAAUGAUGAAAUGGAAUCGUUGGAAGGCAUUUCAGAAUGGGUAAAAGACACUUCUGUUCAUUUGACAGGUGGCAUUCGAGUUCAAUCCAACUCUAUCAUUGGCUCUAGAGACAAUUCUGUUUCUGAGAACAACCAAAAACCACCUCUCGAAUUAAUGGUCUUUAAUUUAUUCCCCACAUCUGAAAACAAGUCAACAUCUCGAAAAUCUUGGAAAAAACCAAAAAUUUCUCUCUUCACUCGAGUUCGAAAUUCCAAAACCAUUUCCAAUGCAUUACAGAAGGCAAAAGAACUUGGAAUGCCACUUGUCUAUUGCAGUGCUUGUAAUGAAGAAUAUGAAACGGUUAAAUUUGUGAAUGUCUUGUCGCAUGUGCUGCUAUGUAAGAUGUACGAUGUUUUGGGGGAGAACUAA